CUUUCCAGGCCCUCACUGUGGUGGGUCUUCCAGGCAUCACCUGGGAACUGGUUAGAGAUGCAGGCUCUCUGCCCUCUGAGAGGAACCUGCAAGAACCACUAGGACCAGCGGCAGGGGAGGGGGAGAGAGCAGCAGGGGAGAGCCUCCCUGAGAGGAAAGUGCAUGUGACUGGCGCUGUUUUGAACCAGUGGCACCUGGGAUCACACAGAGCAGACAGAUUCUUAAGUUCUCAGCGCACGGCACACCCCACUGCCCGCCCUGGGAAGACCAGUACUGUGACCCCACCCCGGCCUGGUGGCCCUGCCGGCUGCACCUCCUGCCCCCAGCGGGUGGGCAGGCGUGGAGUUUCAGGCUCAGGCCUUGGGCUCUCUUCUCUAGAUCCCCUCCGUCGCCCUGGCUUAUGAGAAAGCUGAGAGUGACAUCAUGAACAGGAAGCCUCGUCACAAGAAGAAGGACAGACUGGUGAACCUGCCCCUGGCCGUGUACUCGUACUUGCACAUUGGCCUCAUGCAAGCCCUGGGAGCUUUCCUUGUGUACUUCACCGUGUACGCACAGGAGGGCUUCCGACCCAGCGCCCUCCUUAACCUCCGGGUGGAGUGGGAAAAGGACUACGUGAACGACUUGGAAGACAGCUACGGGCAGGAGUGGACGAGUUACCAGAGGAAAUACUUAGAAUGGACGGGGUACACCGCCUUCUUCAUUGGCAUCAUGAUCCAGCAGCUGGCAGAUCUGAUUAUCAGGAAGACCCGCAGGAAUUCCAUCUUCCAGCAGGGCCUAUUCAGAAAUAAAGUCAUCUGGGUGGGGAUCGCCUCGCAGAUUAUCAUCGCGUUGAUCCUCUCCUAUGGCCUGGGGAGUGUCACAGCCCUGAACUUCACCACGCUCCGGGCUCAGUACUGGUUCGUGGCUGCGCCGCACGCCGUCCUGAUCUGGGUGUACGACGAGGCGCGGAAGCUCUUCAUCCGGCUCUAUCCGGGAGGUAGGUCGCGCACGCCGCGAGGGGCUGCUCGUCCGCAGUGGACUCGCA